CUUCAGUCCAGUUCCGCUGACGUCUCUGGCUCCACUGGCAGCCUAUUUUCAAAAACGUCUUUUUCUCUACUGCAUGCACCUGCCUCUACUCAUAUCAUUGGUGUGGAUUAUGCCUCUGGAGCCUGGUACUGCACUGUGUGGUAGUGUACCGACGUACAUGGAUCAGUUUACGCCCUAUAAUUGACUUGAAGCUACCGUACCGGUUCCCACAACAUAGCUAAGGACCAAUGUGUACAUGUAAGCUAGCUACCAUGCAACUGCCGGACACCGAGACAGAUGUCGUUAAUUAACUUAUACCAAGAUGGUGCCAAAGCUCCUGUGUUGUACAGACAACCUUCUUGUGUUGCCAGUAUGUGGAGUCUUCAUGACGCUUCUUGGUCUGGUACUAUUAAUCAUCUAUCUCGUUGCAAGAGGAAUCACCUCUUCACUACAUCUUGUUGAUGCUCCAAUCCCAACGUAUCUAGCUGCACUUCUAACUAUUGCCCUAGGUGUUUUCUUGAUAAUUCUACUGAAGAGGAGGCAUGUGAUUUUGAUCAUCCUGUCCAUAUUAUUGAGUGUGGUAGACCUGAUAGUAUGCAUCGUCCAUGCUGUCACCGCAGCCCUGGUAUCUAUCCCAUUCCUUGCUAGCUUCUCAGUCUGUGUCCUUAGAGCAACCAGCUCUGAAUGUCAGUGUUACAUUCUAGGAGAGGGUAAUACUAAUAGUACCGUCAUCGUGCCUGGGGAUGGAACCAAGCACUACACCUUCCUAGAUGCUAAGAGCUGUGGCUCUAUUGAGAUGUCUUUGAAGGACUUCCUCUAUACCCUCUCUAUUGUGUAUAGCUUUGGAGCCAUUGGCUGUGUGGUAUCUGGUACCCUCUCUACACUACUACUAUGCAGCAGUAGAAGGUCCUUUAAAGAUGAGGUUGAAGAGGAAGGUGUACCUUCAAGAGAAGAAAGAAGAAAUCAACAGACAAUCCGACAUGAAGAAGAAAUUCGAGGAAGAAACAGUGUUGCCCAGAGAAGUUUGGAUAGAGCAACCAGCCAGCUGACACCUGUAAGAAGUGGAUCAGAAACAGUAGCCUUGGUGACACCUCAAGGUGCCAGGUCUCACAGGGAUGUUGGAAUAACUCCUGAAAGCAGACCUGUGAGAAGAUCAGCAAGUGCUACUACCCCAACACAUGCUACAUCUGUAGCUGCAGCAGUGACACCAAGUAGCUAUACCAGACCAGCUAUACGCUCCCAUUCUGUUGCCCGAUCCAGUGGGGAGUGUGGAGCCAGACAGAGGCCAAGACUCCCUGUGCUUGUUAGGGGUGGUUACCUUCAGAGUCAUGUCAAUGGCCUAGAAUACCAAUCUACAUGGUCCAUGGUUCAAACGAGUCCUACAUAGCCCUCACAGACCUUCCCAA